GGCGGGCCCGCGGGGCUGGGGCUGCCGCGUCGCUCCCGCGGUGGGGCUCUAGGCCGGCCUGUCUCCGCGGGCCGCGGGUGAAACGCCGGCGGUGAAGGGCGGCGCGCCGGGGGCCGCCGGGCCGGGCGGCAUAGGCUCUGGCGUCGGGGUCAUUUGUGUCGUGACCACCAGCGUCCGUGGCCGUCUUUGCGACACCCAGAGGCGCGCAGGCUGCGUUAGCCCCGAGCGGGCUGUUGCGGCUGCCUUGGCAGGGGGCUCUGCGAGCGCCCGACCCCUUCUCUUCCCGGACCCCACGCCAGCAGCGACCCUGAGCCGACCCCCGGAGCUCCCGGCAAUGGCGGCCUCGACGGCCUCGCACCGGCCCAUCAAGGGGAUCCUGAAGAACAAGACCUCCGCGACUUCCUCUCGGGUGGCCUCGACCGAGCAGCCCCGCGGGAGCGUCGACGAGGAGCUGAGCUGCUGUCCUGGACUAAGUCAGCUGUUCCGGGCUUUGUGUGUAGAAGCUGCAGUUAGAAUUGUGUCUUCAAAGGGAGCUACCAAGCUUAAGAAGUCGCAGAAGUGGGAUGAAAUGAACAUCUUGGCGACUUAUCAUCCAGCGGACAAAGACUAUGGCUUAAUGAAAAUAGAUGAGCCGAGCACCCCUUACCAUAGUAUGAUAGGUGACGAUGAGGACAUAUGCAGCGAUACAGAAACCAGUGAAGCUGUAACUCCAGACACCUUAGCUAAGAAAUUGGCUGCUGCUGAAGGCUCAGAGCCGAAGUACCGAAUUCGGGAACAGGAAAGCAGUGGAGAGGAGGACAAUGACCUGUCCCCUGAAGAACGAGAAAAAAAACGGCAAUUUGAAAUGAAAAGGAAACUUCACUACAACGAAGGACUGAAUAUUAAAUUAGCUAGACAAUUGAUUUCAAAAGACCUACAUGAUGAUGAUGAGGACGAAGAUGAAGAAAUGUUGGAGACUGCAGAUGGAGAAAGCAUGAAUACAGAAGAAUCAAAUCAAGGAUCUACUCCAAGUGACCAACAACAAAACAAAUCCCAGAGUUCAUAGAAGAGAGUUCUUCAGCUUGCAGUUGUUUGUCCAAUACAAACCUUGUUACUGUGAUACACUGCUUCUCGUUCUCCGUAAUCUGUGACUUGAGUACCAAAAUACAUCCCAGUUCCUGUAUGUUGCCAAGAAUUAAGUAACUUAGAAACUGA